AUGUACAACAAAUACAAAAAAUACUUUAUAUCUAGAAUGAAUAUUAACAAUGAAACAACAAGAAUGUUAAUCGAUAAGCUAGGAGCAGUAAGAACAGAAGCACUUAGUUUCUCAGAGGCAAGUCUGCCAGCCAAGACAAAGAGUAUAAUCUCAUGCAUAGUGGGUGCUGAAAUGGCAAUAUUUGGGUCUAAAUUUCCUGCCUUUAAUGGGGGAAUUGUAGCCAUAUUGUAUCUAUAUCACUUCUUGCUUCGAGUUGUAGGAGGACUUUCUUCAUUUUUAUGCAGUAUGUCAAGUGAUACAGCCAAGCAGAUUGGUGAUAAUCUGGUGAAUAAUCCAGUUUACACAUUCGGGUGCAUAUUCUUCUUUGGGGUGAUAGCUUCUUGCUUAAUACUUGCAAUUUUCAAGUUCUUCAUGCGGUUGUUUAUAUUCCUGACAUGUGUAUUUUUAUUUGUAGAGGGUCCUGCUAGGGGCAUUUUCAUGCAGUAUGGUGUGGAAGGUCCUUUGCCUCCUUUGGUGCUUGGUGUUAUACUGGGGGCUGUGCUUAUGGUUUAUUUUGAGAAAAUUGCCAGAAAAUCAAUUCUUAUUGUGCUAUUUUCAUUUGUUGGGUGCGGUUUGCUGUUCACGGGAGUUGGAGAAAUAACGAACAACAGGUCUUCAAUUGCUGAGUCAAUAAUAAGCCUCAAUCCGCCUGAUGUACCACUGGCGAAUAUCCUUAAGGAUUCUCUUUUGUUCUGCCUUACAGUGGGGGCUUCAAUGUUAAUCCAGCUUUUUAUAUAG